AUGGCAUGCGCCGCCCCCAGAGGCAGAUCCGGUCGCCAGCGCGCUCGCCCUGGAGGUGGGGCCGCACAGGGAGGCAUGGAGGAGGCGGGCGCCGGCGCACUUGAGGGUGAGCUCGUUGAGGUGGGGGAAAUAGACCUCGCCGCCACCGGUUCCGUCCUUGGGGAGGCGACACAGAAUCAGCCUAACGGCAGAAACCGAUGGCGAAUUUUCGAGCGUCCAGGUGCUCCAGGAGACCACGAACCGACAGAAGGGGAAAGAGAUCACACGCCGGCCGCCGAUCUCCCACCACCACCAGACUCCAUGACCGGCGGCAGCGGCGGGCGAGGAGAACACGAGUCCGACCGAGACGCAUCGACGGCUUUGUCCGUCCCGGGGCCCUGCGCCUCGACGCACCGCGCGCUCGUCGAGUGCCACCGCCGCGCCGCCCGCGGGCCGUUGCGGCCGGAGGUGCUGUGCCGGCACCUGAACCGCGCACUGGCGGAGUGCGUCGUGACCGCGUGCUGCCCCGACGAGACCGACGCCGUCCGCACCCUCUGCGGCAGCGCCGGCACCGCGCUCAAGCGUGAGCAGUGCCAGCGGGCGCGCAUCGACCUCGCCCUCUGCCUCGAGGCGCAUCAAGAGCCCUAA